AUGAAAACGGCCGGUCCCAUUACGCGCGGAGGCAGCGUGGAUGCCGCCGUCGGCCAGGCUCCGCAGAAGGCGAUGGGCUCGCCCGGAGCGGGCCCUCAGGCGAAGUCGCACCAGAAGUCCCGCGAGAAGAGCACGGUGAUCGCGAAGGCCCGGGAACACUACACGUCGCAGUUCCCCACCGCCUUUCCGAUGGAGUCCGAGCUUUGGGGCUUCGACCGCUCGCGCGAGCAGUGGCGGAGGUGCACUGUAGUACAUGCACGGUCGCGGUUUCCCGACCGCAACGUGGCGGAGCUCGGGCCCAAGGACUACGAUUACUACAUCCACUGGCUGGGCUCCGACCGCCGUCUGGACUGCUGGCUGGAUGUGUCCGACGUCCGCACGAUCGAGGAGGGCCCCGAACCGGGCCAGGACGUCUGCCACGACGUCGAGGUGGAGGCGCACGACCACGCCGGCAUGGACGAGGAGUACCUGCGUGAGCACGAGAUGAACACCAAGCUGAAAACCAUCCAACGCAUAAAGCUCGGGCCUUACCUGGUCGACGCGUGGUACUUUUCGCCGUACCCAAAGCCGUACCAGAACCUGGACACUUUGUAUAUAUGCGAGUUCUGCCUGCUCUUCUUCGUGCACGAGUCGGAGCUGCAGUGGCACACCAAGCGGUGCGAGCUGAGGCACCCGCCUGGCAACGAAAUCUACCGCGACGGGAACCUCGCCAUGUUCGAGGUGGACGGCGCGCUGAGCAGCGUGUACUGCGAGAACCUGUGCUACCUGGCGAAGCUGUUCCUCGACCACAAGAGUCUGCGGCACACGGUGAACCUGUUCAUCUUCUACGUCAUGACCGAGUUCGACGACAACGGCUACCACAUCACGGGCUACUUCUCCAAGGAGAAGCACAGCACCAACAACGUGUCGUGCAUCCUCUCGCUGCCGCAGCACCAGCGCAAGGGCUACGGCAAGUUCCUCACCGCGUUCAGCUACCUGCUGUCGAGGAAGGAGGGUAGGACCGGCACCCCCGAACGCCCGCUGUCCGACCUGGGGCGGGCGUCGUACAUGUCGUACUGGUCGGAGGUGCUGCUGGAGAUUUUGUUCGACCCGAAGCUCGAGAACGUGUCCAUUCACACGCUCUCGCAGAUGACGUGCUUCGAGCCCGCCGACAUCAUCAUGUGCCUCGAGGAGCUGGGGCUGCUGCACACGCUGUCCAACGGCACGUCCGUGAUCACGCUACUGCCGGAGAAGAAGAACGAGCUCAUGUCCAAGGCGCGCACCAAGACCAGGAAGCUGUACAUGGAGAAGCUGCACUGGAUCCCCUAUGAUGCGCACAACGAGGCUACCCCGGUGUGA